UGGGUUUUGUAUGGGCUGUUGUUCUUGUUGUUUGUUGGGGACUUCGCUGAAGAAUUGGCUGCUUCGCCUCCAUUUCCUCCUUCGACAAUCACUCCCCUUGUCGUCUCCCCAAAGCCGAUCCCGAACUCAUUCUCAAUCUCUCUCUCCGAGUCGCCGCCAAAGAACUCACCGAUCUCAACUCGCUCCCCAAAACCCUCAUCUCCAAAUCCAACGAGGCUCGAUCUGUCUCCGCCGUGAAGGACUGUGUGAGUCUGUGCGAUGAUGCGCAGAGUCAACUCAAUAAAUCGGUCGAGUUGAUGGAUGUGGGUCCCGGAGAGAAGGUGUUGACGGAGGCGAAGAGCGGAGAUAUGAAGACGUGGGUGAGUGCGGCGGUGCCAGCGGCGCCAGAUCUUGGGCGGAGCGAACAUGCGGCCGCCGCGGCACAGGUUUCCGAAAGCACCUGGGCCGGCGUGGUGAGUGCCGCCGCUGGGAACAUGGGAGAUCGGGAGGUACUGAGAUGGGUCGGGUUCGGAGGUGGUUGGGUCGGAGAUGUUCGGAGGUGGUUGGAUCCAAAGUACAAGCAGGUAUUGAAGAAGUUUCCGGUGGUGGUGAUGGUGGCGAUAAUGGCGGGAGGGAGUCAAGGGUGCCGGAAGAGGAGG